AUGACGGGCACGUGCACUCCGGCAAUGGACAUUGGCGGCCGACGAUCGGAACGCUACGAUUCGGACCGCACCAGCGAGGACAUGUCUUUCAUCGCGAGCCCCGAAAUGCGAAACGUAAGCUCAGCGAGCCAACCCCUCGACGGUUCAAGCCUCGAUUGGUUUCAGAUUGGGACCUCGUUUGUCGACGUGCAAGGCGAGACGUCAUCGGAUGGAGUAAGAGCCGUUAGUUUUAGUUUUCCAUUUUGUGAUGAGUUUGUCGCCGUCUUUUCCGUUUUUGUCGUCGCCAUGCUUUACGGCCCCGACACGUGUAUGCGAAAAUCUGAGACAAUGGCAUUGAGAGAGAGAGAGAAAGAUAAGAAAAGAGAGAAAGAGUCAGGUGAGGCUCUCUUUUCUCUUUUGUUGUUCACUGAUAAUAGCGGUAAUUGGAAGUGACACAAGAGCGAGAGAAAGAGGGAAUUGGAGAGGAAAGAGGGAGCGGAAGCGUUGUCAGCGAACUAGAAAUGUAAAUUUGACACAAAUUGGGUGAGAAACUGAAGGGUCAAUGGGACCAGUUUAGACGAUUCGAUAUUUGAACUGGAACUAGGCCUUUCCAUUGAUCAUUCUAAGGACCGUUUUCUGUAAGACCUUGUAAAGCGUCUACCGUAACCCCAGAGUAUCACAUUUUGAGCGCGAAGUAAGCAAACAAACACUUAGCCACAUUAACAAAAUUAAAAGCGAUCAGCCUGAUCCUCGAGUAAACAAACGGGCUGUAAACCGAAACAGCAGAAGGGCGCAGAUGGGUUUCCUGCUGAAAUUCUCUGCAAAUGGGUCCACAUUUGGUCGACUAAGCGGGGCGACUGGUUGUUGUCUGAAAACAAUUGUGAGGGACAUCAUUGAACACAAAGUUGCUGAACGAGAAGAUUCUUUUCAUUUCACUCUCAUCAAAAACAACGUUUUUGCUGAUAUCAAAUUGAUUGCUGGAAGUUCAUUUGUGUCGCUUUCCCUUCGUUUUUCUUAAAUUGCCAGUUGUUGAGUCGCCCUCUACCUCAUCGAUUUCCAACCGAAAAGCCGGACACAGUAGUCGUUAAAGACGGAAAGAUGACUUUCUCUAGCCCAUUCGAGGGCUAUAAUUUGGGCGUCGAAGAAAAACACCUAGGUGUGCGUCCGUCAUUUUCUCGUCUCCGUCCAUCCAUCUGUCCGUUUUCGGUUCCGAACUAGCAAUUUACUCAUUCGGAACGCUGACAACUUGUCCUGAAGAAGUGGCUUCUACUCUUAAUUGACUGACUUUUUGACGGAAUUCCCAUCUCAGCGAACCGUCCGUGUUGACCAUCGGUUUCUCGCCUGUUGACCUUCAAUACUGAAACGCCCGUAUUUCAGUUGAUUUUCCCGUUUCUUCUCGUAAAAAAGUAAUUUCCACUCGCCCUCUGUCACCUGUUUCGUAAAUGUGUUAGACGGGAAGAGACGCAAAGAAGACGAUUCUUUGCCAAAAUGAAAGUAACUAACUGGUCGGUAUUUGAUUGGAAUGCCAAGUGUUUUUGUGAUUCUUUUCAAAUUAGUGAAGAGGGUUCAUUCGUAACUUUUUAUGUCUCAAAUCAAAGAUCGAAAAUGGGAAUCACCCCAAAAACAAAUCCGAAAAUAGACCAUUCUACGGGCAAGAUAGUUAUCAACUUCACUUCUCCACACGUGACUUGGAACUGCUUUUUUGUUCUUUUGCUCUAUCGAAAGACUGACAUCACGACGCCGUUCCUCAGUCUUCCUGUUUCGAAAUAGUUGUGGUUCUUUCCCAAGGCGUUGACCAGACAAAAUCCGAAAGAACACAUAGAUACUUGAAAAAGUGGAACGUAAACAGAAAUGUUUGAAUGAAAGCAAGCGAAGUUUACUUGUUCGCAGACCCUAUGGCCUAAAGUGUUUACAUCUGACGGUCUGUGAACCCGACGGGAACGAAGAGCACCGCGACGAGGAACGGAAGAUCGCACGUGAUUCGUCUCAGUGUUCGAUCAAAGAGUACCAGCAAUGGCGCCCUGAUAACAGCGGAAAUUUUAUUGGGUAGAUGGAAGGAGAGGGGGUAUUUUUUGAUAUCGAGAUGGGGGUCAGAUCGGCAGAGGGUCACGUGUUUGCUUGCCGCCUGCCACCUGGGAAUCACCCCGUUUCUGAUCGUGACGUCUUCGGAGGGACUUUUUCUCACGAUUGAUUGGUUCUAUGCCCUCGACAGAUGCAUAUCUCUCGACGCUCGCAAACGUGUUUUCAUGUUUCCAUAGUUACUUUCUUUUCGAGGUGACAGCGACGAUGGUGUUCUUCGGUUUUCGGCGAUGUUUUUGUGUUCGGCCAGCUUCUGAUUCACACCCCUCUCGUUUUCUAAGAAAAUGUGACUUGGAACACGAUUUAUUGUAUCGUAGAACACAUUUUUUGUAGCUUUCAAUGGAAUUGAAUCUGAAAGGGGAAUUUCUGGCGUAAAUAUGCUAUAGAUCGGGGUACAGUACCUAAGCUUGCUCCAAUAGUUUUUUACUGUUUCAAACGGCAGCCUUGCUCCUUUUUCCGAAUGAUGUGUGUGUGCUUGGCGCGAAGGUGCUCCAGCUCCAGAGAGCAAAUACGCUCCCGAAGCUGCUGCCGUUUUUUGUGCGUGCACACUGUGCGAAUUGUUGCGGAAGCCCUAUCGAUUAUGCCAACUUAGAGAGAGCUUCCCCAUCCUUCCGUAUGCCGCUUCCUCAGCUGAUCCGCUCGUUUUAUUCCUCGAAAAGUGUUGGCGGCGGCGUUGGCGAUGACACAAAUGUGUGUAUGUGUGCGUCUUGUUGUCGUAGUAGCGCCAUGUUCAAAAGACUUUAACAAAAUUGUUGUUCAUUUGCAGACGGUGCAUGUGGCAGCAUUCAACUUUGGAACGAUGCCAAGCGUAAAAGAAGAAAAUGAUGCAGUGAAGCCGGCGUGCGAUGUGGAGUUGCUCCCUGGAGAGACGCGGAUACCCAUCAAGGGUCAGACGGUGUACGUCGUCGAGAAUGGAACUGUUUUCUUAACCAACUACAGAGUGAGUAGCCGAAUACACGUGUUUUGAUGAUAAUCCCUCUUAUUUUCAGCUUAUAUCAGUGUCCUCGAAGAGGCUGAUUCUCGUGUUCCCCCUUCUGGAAAUUGAUCAGUGCGAUCUCGGUCCCGGACUCAUCAGACUCUACAUGAAAGCUGGCCGAAUGCACGCGAUUUCCUUCCCGAGCACACACGAAGCCGAAUACGUGCAUGCCGGAAUCACCAUUGUGCUCAGUCGGCUAAACAAGCGCAAUCACUAUCUGUACGCCGACAGGCCGCCCGCGGACCCGACUGCCGGCCCCGAUCCAACUCCCCCCAUCUAUGACGUGUUUGCGUGGAAAUUCUCAGAGGCUGUCGAUGCUAUGCCGGAGCUUCCAUCCUGUUUGAAACGGCCCGACUCGGUGGCCAAUGAGAUCACGCACGUGGAUUUCGAUCGACUUGGAAUGAAGGACUUGUACAAGAUCACCAACGUCAACGAGAAGUUCGAUGUCUGCGCGACAUAUCCGGAGAAGGUGAUAGUUCCGAAAGGAAUCACCGACGAUGAGAUCGUGAAAGGAGCUGUAUACCGGUCGAUCGGCCGAUUUCCCGCAGUCAUCUGGCGGUGUAGAGCAACCGGAGCGGUCCUUUUGCGGAGUUCCCAGCCGCAAGUGGGGAUACUCUCGUGGAGGAAUGCGAUGGACGAGAAGAUCAUCGAGGAGGCGGUGAAUGCGAGUCGGAUCGAAGGACAGGACAAGAAACAGUUCAUUAUCAUGGACGCCCGCCCGUACUCCUCGGCUUUUGCGAACCGGGCGAGGAGCGGAGGCUACGAGGUCUCCGAGUACUAUCAGUCCGCGAAGAUUGAGUUCCUCGGACUACCGAAUAUUCACAGCGUCCGUUCCUCGUUCGCAAACAUCCGCUCGAUGCUCCACAACCUCGGUCCCAACGAAAAUCUUCUCCAGAAUCUGCAGGGCACUGGAUGGCUCAACAACGUGAGCAACCUGCUCGCCAGCGCUGCCAGUUGUGCCGACUAUCUUUCCAAGGGACAUCCAGUCCUCGUUCACUGCUCCGAUGGCUGGGACAGAACAACUCAAGUGACGACUCUCGCUAAGAUCAUGCUGGACGCUCACUACCGUACUCUCGAAGGAUUCGAGCAACUCGUUCGGAGGGAUUGGAUAGCUUUCGGCCACAAACUCGCCGAUCGGCAGAUGAUGCUGACGACCACAUGGAGCACAGACACGGAGCGCUCCCCGAUCUUCCUGCAGUUCCUGGAAGCUGUUCGACAUCUGCAAAGAGAACAGCCGACGGCGUUCGAGUUCUCGCACGCGUACCUCGUCAAACUGGCGAAGCAUGCGCAUUCCGGACUCUUCGGAUCGUUCUUGUUCAACUCGCACAAGGAAAGAAAGGAGAUUAUGGCGAAGCGGAAUGCGACGCUCGUUGAGAUAUGGCGGUUCAUCGGAAAACACAACGAGGAGUACGUUAACAUGUCGUACGAUAGUGCGUACACCGGCCCAUUGAAGCCGAUGAAUCUGUCUGUGCUCAAUCUGAGAGUUUGGCACGAAGUGUUUGCCGACGAAGGAGAACGGUAUACGGUAAGUGCAUACGCGGAAACAGACAAUGAACACGACGGGAAUGUAUUUCAGCUAAUCUACAACACCGCUCCGAAAGAGGAACGUCCUGCGUCUGGAUGCAGCACGCCGAUCACGACGACUGCUCCGGCGAUGCUGAAGAGCAAGAGCUCGGAGAGCAUCAAUUCGGUGACAGUCGAAAAGGAAAGUGGAGUGGAAGUGGCGAGCAUCGCGCCGGCGAGCCUCAAUAUCUCGAUGACAACAAGUUUCCAUCAAGCAACUUCGUCGAGCGACGAGGCGACGUCGCUGGAUUUCGACGGACUUCCGCAGUUCCAAGACGAUGAGCAGGCGACUUUGAGGAAGAAAGCAAAGCAACAACAGGUACACAAAUACGUUUUUGAUCUUUUUGUAAACAAUGAAAACUUCAGGAGAAACUUCAAAGGAAGCAACAAGAGAUCGACGAGUUAAAGAAGCGAUGUGAGAGCGGAGACAAGACGGCGAAAGGAAGGAUGGGAUCGGUCGGCGACUUCGACAGCGAAUCGGAGUCCGGAAUGACGAGGGCAAUGUCGGACAUGUCGAUGGUGGAUCCGGAGAACGAGCUGCCGCACUUCCGGCCCAACACGACGUGGGAAGCGGAGGCGACGAACUGUUGUCUGUGCUCGCGCGAGUUCAAGAAGAUGACUUUGUACGGGGAGGAGCGGCCGCAUCACUGUCGGAAUUGCGGCCGUGUUGUCUGCGAUGGAUGCUCGAGGCAGCGGUUUUCGGUGGUCGAGGAGGGAGUGAAUGUGCAGAAGAGGGUGUGCGACCUGUGCUACGAUUCGAUGCACGAGACGAGGGUUGUCAGGUACGGUAUCAAAGUCGAACCGAAUGUUUUUGUGUUUGUGUUGCUUGCUUCACAUUGUGCAUGAGUUUCUGCUAACCUCUUUUUAGUGCUGAGCCGUCAGAACAAGAACAAGAACAAGAACAAGAACCAGAAAAUGAAAGUAUAGAGGUGGAAGAGGAGUGCGAAAUCGCAGAAAAAGAACAGAGGAAAAGGGCUAAGCAAUGGAAUCGCCGAAUUCUUGCCGAAAUCGAAGAGGAGUGCGGUCCCACAGAGCAGCCGAUCGAAGAACCGACUCCGAAUUUGCACAUAAACUAUCAGGCACAACCGAACUAUGCCGAGUAUGAGUUCGAAGAUCUGUCGAAAUACGCAACGAGUCCCCCUGACGCUGAGAUCGAGAAGAAAAAGGAGAAUGAAGAAGACAAAGAAAACGACGGUAUAGUGGGGAACUCGCCCGUUUUCCUCCACCUUGGUUAUUAUUUUGCAUGCGUUUGCACGGCACCCUCAUCCUUUAGUUCACUGUAAUCAUUUAGCUAACAAAUUCUUACAUUCAUCCAAUUAAAUAUGUAUAAUUUCAGAACUUCCUCGCUGA